AUGUCGCAAAUUCCAUCCAAAUUCGGAGACGGUGGGAGGAGACGCCGUACACACUCCAAAUCUCGUCGUGGCUGCCGAAAUUGUAAGCUUCGUCGGGUCAAGUGUGAUGAAGCCAAACCGCAAUGCCAGAAGUGUGUGCAGUUUGGACUCGCAUGCAAUUACAAUUUAUCCAUUGACUCAGACCUCCAACUAGCGAGGGAGGAGACACAUAAGAUUCACGUGGAGACCCCCGCUGGACAUAUCGUUUUCAACGCCAACCCCCUCCAUACAUUUGUGCAGCCCAUGGUUUUGGUUGGAGACGGACGUGGUUCUUUCCAGCUGGGUAGGGAAGAUCUAACGCGCCUCAGCCGGUUCCAGAGUCAUACAGCGUACACAUUUGCAACUACCCGAUCUACUGAACUCCACACAACUGAAGUGCUCAAAAUUGCGAUUGAGAGUCCGUUUCUGAUGCACAUAAUUCAAGUCAUCACGGCAAUGCAUGAUCGAAUCUUAAACAACUCGUCGGAUAACGUAAAGCGAUCCUUGACCGAAACAUAUCACUGGUCGCGGGCGGCUGCCUUGCUCAAUCAGAAACUAUCAUUUCCAAUUCGACCUCAGGACCGCGAUUCUCUCUGGGCCUCCGCUGCUAUGUUAGGCAUUGCUAGUUUCGCUUCCCUUGAAGCAGCAACUCCGGAAGAAGCAUGGCCACUCAAGCCUGCUGAUUCCUCCGAUCUGACAUGGCUCCGUUUACUUGAAGGCAAAAUGGCUCUCUGGCAAGCCACCGAUCCUCUACGGCCUGAUAGUAUCUUUCAUUCAAUGGCAAACGAGUACGCCAUGACAAGAACGGAGCCUCCUUCCUUGGAAGUGGAGAAAAUACCAAGUGGUUCUAUCCGGCCUGCUAUCCAUAAAAUGCACGCAGGCAACAAUGACUAA